CUACAAAACACCAUUGUUUUGAUAUUUAGACUUUGUUCCUAAUGCCAAUGCAUUUGGCACGACAGGUACACGCGGGGGUAAGGUUCUUAUCUUUACAUAACUCAUUUGUGGCCUUUGGCUACGCGUUCAACGUUAUCACAAGAAACGCUCCUCACCGUCCAGGGUUACAUCCUAGCAAUUGCUUUUCGACCAGUAGUUCACAUAAAAUGACCCUUGGGGACAAGAUUGUGGUUAAGAAUCCCAUCGUGGAACUCGAUGGUGAUGAAAUGACCCGUAUCAUGUGGAGUAUGAUCAAGGAAAAGUUGAUUCUGCCUCACUUGGAUGUUGAUUUGAAGUAUUUCGACUUGUCAAUUCAAUCUCGUGACGCUUCAGAUGAUAAAAUCACCAUUGAGGCUGCUGAAGCCAUCAAAAAAUAUGGCGUCGGUGUAAAAUGCGCUACUAUUACCCCAGACGAAGCACGCCUCAAGGAAUUUGGACUCAAACGCAUGUACAGAUCUCCAAAUGGAACCAUCAGAAACAUUCUCGACGGAACUGUUUUCCGUGCUCCAAUUCUGACUCAAAAAGUUCCCCUCCUUGUACCAGGAUGGAAGAAACCAAUCAUCAUAGGAAGGCACGCUUUUGGCGACCAGUACAACGCUCAAGACUUUGUAGUACCAGGUCCAGGUACUUUGGAAGUGGUUUACACACCAGCUAGUGGAGAGAAAAAGGUUGUAAAGGUCCAUGACUUCAAGGGUCCAGGUGUUACUAUUGGAAUGUUUAAUCUUGACUCUUCCAUUUACGGAUUCGCAAGGUCCUCAUUUAAUUAUGCACUUGAUUUGAAACUUCCUCUUUACUUUUCCACUAAAAAUACAAUUUUGAAGGCCUAUGAUGGUAGAUUCAAGGAUAUAUUCAGUGAAGUUUAUGAAAAAGAAUUUAGAGAUAAAUUUGAAGCUCUAGGUCUCACAUAUGAGCACAGACUUAUAGAUGAUAUGGUUGCAUUGGCUCUAAAAUCUGCUGGAGGCUUCGUAUGGGCUUGCAAGAACUAUGAUGGUGAUGUACAAUCGGAUAUUGUUGCUCAAGCUUAUGGUUCUCUCGGGUUAAUGUCCUCUGUUUUGCUCUCCUCAGAUGGUAAGACAUUCUUGUCCGAAGCUGCCCACGGAACUGUUACUCGUCAUUUUAGACAAUACCAGAAAGGAUUAAAGACAUCCACUAACCCUGUGGCCACUAUUGUUGCAUGGGCCAAGGCCCUUGAACGUCGUGGUCUUUUGGAUAACAACGCUGCCCUUGUCGAAUUCAGCAAGAAAUUGGAACAAGCUCCAGUCUCUGCAAUUAACGAAGGGUUUGUUACAAAGGACCUUGCAUUGGCUAUUAAUCCAAAUGCAACUGAUAAGGACUUUUUGACCACUGACUUGUUUAUUGAAAAAGUUCAUGAGUUCCUAGUAAAAUAA